ACACGUUCUUUCUGAUGGAGCACAGCAGCAGCAGCAGGCGGCGAGCAGCAGCGACGCCAUGGAGGGGCUUCUGUGGGCCGCAGGGCAGCUCGCAUGUGCACGCCACCGCCGCCACGCCCGCUGCUCUCUUCCCUCUGCUGCCCGCGGGCCUGCGCGCCCCCUACCUUACGCAGCUGGAGGUGGCGUCCUCGCAGGUCGACCGCAGUGCCAAGAGGCAGCGGACGCAAGGCGGCAUGCUGGCACGUCAGCAUAGCCAGGAGGAAGCAGAGCAGGUGAGAGCGCGGGUCACGGUUACCAUGUCCCGCCCGCUUGCCCUUAGCUCCGCUGCCUGCUCAUGCUGUGCCUUCCCUUGCCCUCUUCACCAUUUCCAUUCGUUUGCCUCCGUAACUCACCUGCCCAUGGUGCUUCCCCUCCCCCUUGUGCCCGUGCCCUCCAUCCCCCCCUCUUGUCGCUGCGCCCAGCUGCACAGCUCGCAACCACAGGCAGUGACGGCAGCAGGCUCGCAACAACCUAUGGCAUUAUCGCCCUCAGGGUCACAGCCGCGGUCCCCAUCGUCCUCCUCCUCCCCAGCAGCCAUGGCAGAGAGUGUAGCGCCCACCCACCGCUUCUGCCACCCGCUCUCCCUCGUCCUCAUCUCCUCCAUCGCCCCCUCCCAUGCCCCACCUCCCACCUCUACCUCCUCCGCCUUCCCCUCUCUCGCCCCUCCCGCUGCCCCUGCUGCCCUGCCUGCACUCGUCGCUGCGCCUCUCACUCCCAGUGUCAACGCGAGGGAGCUGUACUCUCACGUCAAAGCGUUCCUGGCGGCGCUGCCUGUGGGGGAUGGUAGUGGGGACGGCAGUGCGGAGGGCAGUGGAGAGGGCAGUGGGGAAGGCAGUGGGGAGGAGGAGGGGCAGGGCGUGUGGCGUGUGGUGCGGCGGGCAUGCGGGGUGGAGUCAGCAGAGGGGCUGAGUGGAGUGGUGGAUGAGAGGGGGUGGACCGCCAUGCACGUGGCUGCCCGCAAUGGUGACUCCCCCGUGGUCAGUCUGUCACAUCUCAUGCGCCUCCCUGCCCCCAACUAUUCAACCCACGUGGGCACCCCAUCCCUUCCCAUACUCCCCCACCUUGCAUCCAUCAUCGUCACAGCACUCUCCCACCAGCCAUCAUCUGUGUGCAUUUCCAACCGUAGGCUUCCACUCACACGCCCGCCCAUUUCUCUCCCGCCUCUCAUUCCCCCAUGCACCUGCCUGCAGCUGCGGGCGCUGUUGCGCAUGGGCAUGCCAGCAGGGGUGUGCAGCACGCGCAAUGCCACCACGCCACUGCACGUGGCGGCGUAUGGCGGCAACGUGGGCUGCAUGCACCUGCUGGUGCAGCAUGGCGCUGACAUCCGCGCUCGCACUGCUGGCGGCUGGACUCCUCUGCACAAUGCAGCGAGUCUGCAGCAGUGGGAGGCAGUGACAUGGCUAGCACAGCAGGGGAUAGAACUGGCAGAGGUGGAAACAGCAGGAGCCAACCCCAAGGCGGACAAGCUACCUGCUCACCUCAUGGCACGGGCUGUGGAGAUAGUGCAGGAGGAGUAUGCUAGGCGGCCAGGCCAUGGGGGGAUUGGAGGGCAUGCGUGGGGGGAGGAGCCUGGUGCGGGUGCAAGCUGGAUAGAUGAGUUUCUUGUUCUUGAUAACCAUGGCGCCACAUGA